AACAACUUUGUUUUCUUCUGGGGAAGCUUUCAAGAGCAAGCCUCCUGAGAGACGGUGGAGAUGGAAACAGGUAAUGAAAAAUCUCCAGCUUAAUUUGAUGAUGGAAGAACCUGUUGUGGUUAACAAAGGGGAUGAGCCUUUGGAUUUGCCUCCAGGUUUCAGGUUCCACCCCACAGACGAAGAGAUCAUCACUUGUUACCUCACGGAGAAAGUGCUGAAUAGAGGCUUCAGUGCAACUGCUAUUGGGGAAGCUGAUUUGAACAAGUGUGAGCCUUGGGACUUGCCCAAAAAAGCAAAGAUGGGGGAGAAAGAUUGGUACUUCUUCUGCCAAAGGGAUAGGAAGUAUCCAACUGGCAUGAGAACCAAUAGAGCAACACAAUCUGGAUAUUGGAAGGCCACUGGCAAGGACAAAGAGAUUUACAAAGGGAAGAACAAUCUUGUGGGGAUGAAGAAGACCCUUGUCUUCUAUAGAGGAAGAGCUCCAAAGGGAGAGAAGACAAAUUGGGUUAUGCAUGAAUUCAGACUGGAAUGCAAAUUCGCAUGUUACAACCUUCCUAAGGUUGCAAAGGAUGAAUGGGUUGUGUGCAAGGUUUUCCACAAGAGCAACACCGAUGUUAACAAAAGGGUACACCCAAUUAACCCUGGCCUUCUGAGAAUGAACUCAAUUGGAGAAGAUCUAUUUGAUUUCUCUUCACUUCCACCUCUGGUGGAUCCUCUCUUUGACCAAAUAUCACACAAGCACAUUGACAAUGAUUUCAAGGGUACUAGUAAUAGUAUUAACACACCUUCAUCAUCAUCGGCUAAACAACCCCCAGGUGGCUACUACCUUCCCAAUUUCAUGAACAACAUCAGCAACAAUCACCACAUGCAGAUGAUGAUGAUUAAGCCAGAAGAACAUAGAAUCUAUGACACUCCUCCCACCAACAUUAACGAUGCCUCCACCAGUCAAGGGAAUUUCAACUCUAACAGCCCAACGGGAAUUAGCACAAGCAAUAACACCCUUCAAAACUCAACCUCACCCUUCAACAUGUUCCAAGAUUAUUAUAUGCACCAAGGCAAGAACAGUUUCCAACAGUGCAAGAUGGAGCAAUUCUCCAACACUAACCAGCCUGUGGUCAGUGCCUCUCAAGACACGUGCCUGAGCAAUGACAGAAACACUGACACUUCCUCGGUGGUGUCAAAGCAAGACAACAUGGGAAGGAACAAGGCAUUGUACGAGGAUCUUGAUCAAGCUCCUUCAUCAGUUGCUACCCUCUCAGAUUUGGAUUCCCUCUGGGAUGAUUACUGA